UUUCUCUCUGAUUUGUUUCCUGUGAAACUGAAGAAGUACAUCGUCCCAUGGCAAAGCACUUCUUCCUUUCGUCUAGAAAUGACCCUGAUCGCUCUGUAGGCCCUUUGCAGAAGGUUUUGGGAAGCUGAGAAGCACAGACAGGAGUGCUCGGUGGUUGGUUCUGUGCAGCACCAGGAGGCUGAGCAGGAAGAUUCCUUGCUGUGCUGAGGCAGCACCACAUGCCAGGCCAUGCUGCUGCAAAACCUUUGCUGCGAUUUGUGGUGGAGGCAGGACUCACAGCUGAGGGUGGGAAAGGUUUUCUGCUCCAUCAUAUGACAAGCACAUUAAUGCUAUUCAUUUGUCUCUAAAGCAUAAUACCUAGCUGAUCACUUUGUUUCCAACACAUGAAUUUCUGCUAAUACAGCGCUGCUUCAAGGCGCACAUCUUCUGUUCUGUGCAGGUUCAGCUGCACUGGUGCAGAGUGCAGGGACUGCUGUUUCAUUCCAGAUUUUGAGCAAGAGUCAGGCAAGGAUUGCUAUCAAGAAAGAAUUGCUUAAAGAAGCUUCCAAAAUAGGCUUUUAUGUAAUAUUCAGAUAUCGGGGGUUGGACUUGAUGAUCUCCAGAGCUCCCUUCCAACCCAUACCAUUCUGUGAUUCUGUGAUCCUAUAGCCCUUCCAGGUAUUUGAACAGUGAACGGUUUUAAAAUACAUCCACCACAAGUAAACAAUGGAGCUACCAUCUACAGUUAGCUAAAGGUCAAACGUAUCAGUUAUUAGCUGCAGUAAUCACAGUUUGCAGUGCUUCUUUGAGCCAUUAGAAAGGUGUAAUUUGCAUGUGCAAUGUUUUUUAGCAGCAGCAUUUAAAUGUGAAGGAGGCUGCUAUGAGCAGGAGGAUUCUGACUGAAAAGGGCGAUGGGCCAUACCCUGCCCUGUGCCAAAAGCACCGUGCUCAGCACCUGGGCCCACAGCCCCAUGCACCCUCUGAGGGAUGUGGAGCUAGGGGUGGGCUGGGUGUCCGGAAUCGCCUGGUUUCUUUAACAUGCUGCGAGCAUUUCCCUGCCUAAUGUGACUUAUUGUUACUGAGUGACAGGGCUUUUAUUGCAUAAUCUUGGCAUCAGCUGCACGAGGCAACAGAAUGCUUCCAAAAUGUAUCUUAACCAGAAGAACAAAACAAAACAAAACAAAAAGAUAGAAGCGGCAAUUCCAGCAAAACAUCUGUGAUGACAUAUUCAGCCCAUUAUUUUGUCAACAGGGCAAGUAUUUGAUGGCAUAAUAAAAGGAUACACUUUGCUUAGCGAAAACACUGCGAGAUGGCAGCCAAGUUAAACGGGGUGCAAUUAAAGGUUUGCUUAACCCGUGGGAUCCUGCUUCCAGAAACAUGCAGAGCCAUUGGAUCCCACCUUCCGGUUCUCACAUCUCUUUUGCUUGCAAGGGACUUUUGACAGCGCUGGACUUCAUGAACCUUGAAGGUGAAGGCAAACCUCCUGUCACUGGGCACCUGUGGAUUCUCCUUCUGACUGUUUGUGCUCCCUGUGCUGUCUGUUGCUAUUCAGAGCCCUAUUUUGCUUUCAGCUGUGUGACACAAGGCGCUAAGUUCAGCGCUGAAGAAUCAGUUGGCCUGCCAAAGCCAAAAGACAGCCUGCAGCAAUUCCGAGUGGUGGGUGAGACAUAGCAACCUUUGGGAUCAUUGCUUAGCAACUGCAAACACACCGAGGAGUAAACCUCACCGCCCGGAUCCGCAGCAGGCCCGAGAAGUCCCUACUUCACCUUGAGAUCCUUCAUGCUUGAGAACAGAUGGGCAUCUGUUUAAUUCCUGUUCAUUUGCAAAGCCACUCUGAAAGCAGGAAGAAUAAGGUCUGUUUUGAUAGCUGCUCCAAAGCUGUCGGCGUAUGGCUGCUCAGCCAGAAGAAACGGCCCAAACCUCAGGCCUAAAGCAUCCCAAAGCUGGAGAUAAGCAUAUGAGUGCCGCAGGAAUGAAGGGAAACCAAGGGGGUCCUGAGCUGCCGUGUCUCAGUGAUUGCACUCUGUGGAAAGAGUGCUUUUAUGGAAAGGUGCAGCAGAGAUCCCUGAGUCUGCAGGAGACAAAGGUGAAGGCGAUCCGUGCACAAAAGGCCAAAGAAGAAAAGGUGAAAAAGAGAGAGCCCUGUGACGAGCUGUGCCGGGAGUGGUUCAGUAGUGAGAAAGAGUCCCUGGAUGCUCGCACCUAUUUGCUUGACAAACUCCUACCUACGUUAAUCCCAGGCGUGGAAAAACUGCUAGUGGAAGCAGAAAGGAAGAACGUGCUUGCACCAGCCAAGGAGCCCGCCAAGUUUGACCCCAUUACUUUUCUUGGAGAAUAUCUGAUGAGACAUCACCCUCAGUACGAUACUUCUACCAAACCAGGCCCCUACCCGAGGGGACUGAAGGCGGUCACGGAGGAGCUAGAAAGGGAGAUUCCAGAUACGGCAUCAGAAAGGCUGGCCAGGAUGAAGUCUGAGGCAAAAACCAAACGUAAGGAAAGAGAGCAGGCGGAGCACGUGAAGUGCCAGCAGAAAGAGAUGAGACAGGCAGCACUGGCAACUCAGUUCAAAGAAUGGACGGCGGAUGUCAGUGGCAGAAUACCAGUCGCACUGAUUCAGAGUGCACUGAAGUCUUUUCUGGAUGCCUGUGCUUCUACUCCCAUAGACGCAAGAAAAGCCCAUGAGGGGAAGCUGGAAAUCACAGACACGUGGGGGAAAAAAGUGAACGCUGAUGAAUUCAUAGAGUACGUCCAUUCCUACACUGAAGACUUUCCAGAUGACAUGUUCCAAGAGUUCCUGAAGCAUCUCAGUCUGUGUGCUGUGGACUUCCAAGAAGCCAUCAGGCGUGAUACGCACAGGCAAAUGUUUACUGAUCUCUUCCUACAUUGUGAUCAUGGACAGGUUGGUGUCUUGGACAGGCCCAAAAUACUUGGCCUUCUGGAACAGUUCUAUGAGAGAAGCUCCGUGUGCGCCAGGAGGAGAUUCUGCAACCCAAAAGAGUGGCCAAUACUCGAGCUGCAAGAGGUUGGUCUGGAGGAUUUGUGGGCAGGCCUUGAGGACCAGGAAGGUUACGAGGAACCAGGCGAAAGUUUGGUCUCGUCUCAAGCAGAGAUUUCUGAGAGAGAGGUUUUAGCACCCAAACCUGCAGGUGAUCCCAGGCAAAGCAGUGAUGGAACGAGCACUGGCGUUGGAGAAGGUCUUUUGGAACAAAUGGAUGUGAGUGAAACGGAGACUGGAGGAAUUCCUGAGGAAGAGAACCAAGCUGCUGAGGAUGCUCCGGCUGCAGAGGCUGCAAAGGAACCUGCAAGAACAGAGAGUUUCACAAGGCAGCACAGCGACACGUUUGGACAGCAGACAAGCCCAGGGACCGCGCUGCAGGAUGAGGAGCAUCUGCAGGAGCAGGGUGAAGGCCCGGCCCUCUCAGAUGGACAGGGUUCUCUGGCUGCAUCCAGCCAGGAGCGUGUGGAGCCGUGGUCAGGUACUGCCCAUGUCAGAUCUUCUCACCGACACAGUGACCUUCUCACCUUCGAUCUAAGCUUCAGGCACAGAAGCCACGAAGAGAGAAUUCCAGAGGACUGGGGCUGUAAGGGCAGAUUUCCAGGCCUCUGUCCUGCCAUGGCAGACAUUCAGAGCCGCCGCGCUCCUCGCGUUGGGAGCGCCUUUGAUGCGAGCUGCCUCAACCUGCCGCGCUUUGUUCAGCUCAUGGAGACAUUCCUCGGGGAAGGCGUUGCGCUGCCUGCCGUGAAGAGCCUCGUUGGGUUCAUCGGAGAAGAAUACAGACAGACCGAAGAGGAAAAAGAGAAACAAGUCGAAAAAGCACUUCACAUCUCACGCUUGACCCGACGGAAACUGCUUCUGGAGGCACUUUUUGAACAGUGGGACAUCAACGCAUCUGGAUUUCUGGACAUGAAAGAAGUGGAGGCUGCUCUGAAUAUGUUCAAGGAAGGAAUGGAAAAAGAGGCCGUGAGGAAGGCAAAAGACCACUUUUGCUCACGUUACCCACAGCUUGGCAGAGUGGGGAAGCUGUCCCCAAAGGCCUUCCAGACUUUCCUUGAGUUGGUGGCUUCUGAGGUCACUGGGGAUGAAGAUGACAUUAUUGAUAACAUCGUGGAAUUUUUUACCUCAACUGUGGAACGAAGCCACAUGGAGUUCUUGCAAAGCUUGGCGAGGAGGAGAUGGCUGCACAACAUCCAGCAGGCGGCCGAGACCAGCGGAGCACGCGUGGGCCCAGUGUACGACGCGGUGCUCAAGGCCAUCCUCCGGGAUGCAGAAGCCCACGGGGAUAGCAAGAAGAUCAGUGCAUAUAUUGCCCUUUUGGAAGAAAACCAGCUCUCACCAGAGCGGGGACAGACGCUCUUACGCUAUGUGACAUGUACCACAGAUGACGCUCCGUAUGUUCUAAACCAGAUACUGUACAGAGACAUGAAAGGAGUAAGCUUUGCAGCUGUUGAAGAGGAAAAGCCAAUCCAUGUCCCAAGAGUUCAGCUCCAUGGAAAUAUCCACUUCUGGAACCAUGACCGCCCAGCUGAGGAGAGGAGAGGCUCAUUCCUGGUACUGCCCUUGCACGAUGCUCACUGGAGGGUCUUUGGCACUCUGGGACUUGAUACUCUUCGGGACCAGAGAGAGAAAACCAUUUUCCUGACCCAUGAGAUCAGCUUCUACCAGGGAGUUUCUCACGCGUUCAGCAAAGCCUACCACCAUGUGCGGGCACUAGGAAGUGUUCUGCAAAUGGCCCUCACUGCUCUGGACUGGUUGUAUCACAAAGUGCCCAGCAUCCACACCGUCAGUACAUACCUGGUAGAGCCUGGCAACGAUCAGACACGUGACUAUGCUCUGCGCAGAAUGAUUACUACAGACAGUAUAGGACAAAAGGAAAUCCAUACCUCUCCUGUCCUCCUCCUCAGAAAAGAGGACUUUUUCAGACAUUACCUGUUUAAGUGCACAGACUGUUCAGAGGUCAUUCUCACUUCUGUCUGUGGAGAACAGCACAUUGCAGUGCCUCUCCGGGACCUGUCAGGACGAGCCCUUGGGUUAUUUGACAUCAGCAUCGGACACCACCAGACAUUACCUCCUCGUGAACAGAAAGACCUGCAGAGAAUGCUGAAGAUGGCCCAAGCCACCUGCUCUGAGAUACUGAAAAUGCCUUCAGAGGAAACCAAAGCAACCCUUGUACUGGAGGCAGAACACGGGAAUCUGAGGCAUGCAGGGAUUCUGUUCCACCGGUUCAUGCUGCAGGACCUGCGCGAGUGUAUCCAGAAACUGAAUGCUGAGAGCUUGGCUGAAAUCAAGAGCUGUGAAGACCCACCAGCACUGGUACAUAACAUAAUGAAGGCUGUGCUGUUGCUUUUACACCCAGAGUGGGAGGGCACAGAGAAGACUGAGAACUGGAAUCAGUGCAUACUGCAAUUUGAUGACAGUUUAAUUCAGGAGAUGUAUUGCUUUGAUCCAACUGCUGCAUCUGUGCACGUUCAAGCAGAGCUGGUGCGGGCCUGUGUCAGUGGGGUACCUCAGGCAGCAGUGUGGCCGCGGGGCUCCAUCGCAGCCUGGCUCCUGGACCACUGGCUGCACACCUGCCUGUGCCUGGCCCAGCUGGCAGAGAGCAUGCGGAGCAACACGGCCCAUCCCCAGCACUGCCCACAGCAAUGUGUCCCGUUAGACCACCAGCUGCUCGCCUAACCCCAGUGCUCCCGGCAUUGGACGCCCAUUUCAUUAAUUAAAUUAACUGUUUAUUUUUCUUAGCUAUGCAUCGUGACUCAGGGCUCGUCAAGAUGGUCUGUUAGGUGCUAUUAAGAAAGGGCAGAAAAACGUUCAAGGAAAUCAUUUUGCUAGUAUGAAUCUAUCUCCUAAGCCUUAAAAAGGCUGCUUUAGGCUUUAUUAUUACUACUAUUAUUAUUAAAGUUCCAAUGAGAGAGGCAGGGAACACUUCACGGUGACAGCGCUCAGAAGAAAUACAGCACACUCGGGAUUCCCUCUCCUUCAGUUACGUUUUAGAAACAGUUCUAACUCGGGUUGUUAAUCAGCACUUGUUGAAGUUCUAGGCUUGCUGCAGCAGAGCCCCACAGUUUUAAUACAGCCCCAAAAACUCUGCUUGCGAUGAAGCCUGAGACGGCCAACUUCAGUCUGAAGCAAGACUGCAUCUCCGCAACAACGUUUCUUUUGGCAGAACGGCUUCUUUUAAUAAAACUUUGGGAAAUUAAA